AUUUUUUGUUUUUGUUUUCUCGUGUAGACGCGUUUUUUGUUACAUUUGUUUCAUGUUUAAUGUGCAAUGAAUGCCGUCUUAAUUUAAAACACACACAUAUGAAUACUUAAAUGCAGAAAAUAGACAUUUGUGGAUAACAAAACGUUGAAACAACCAUAGCGGGCAAUCGAAUGGCCGAAACUUUAAAACUGCUGCGCCAUCAACACCAUCAUCAUCAGUCCCAUUGCCAUGUGCGAGUGCAAUUCCUACGAAGGACCUGCCCGUGGCAUCGCCUUUUGCGCCUCGCUGCCCUGCUGUUGCUCCUUUGCGGUUCGCCUGCUGCCGCCACGCCGGGAUCAGCGAACACGCGGUGCGAUGCAGACCGAUUCCAGUGCAGAGACGGAAGCUGCAUCUUACAGGCGAAGAUGUGCGACGGACGUCGAGACUGCCCAGACAACACAGACGAAUUGGAAUGCGACUACAAGCUGUGCCGCCAGCCGCAUUGGUUCCAGUGUGCCCAGCCACACGGUGCCUGCCUAUCGGCAGAACUAAAAUGCAACGGCAUCGAUAACUGUCCCGGCGGUGAGGACGAGUUAGACUGCCCCGAACGACCCCAACGGCCAGGCGGGAGCAAGCCAACGGGCAACACGAAGCGCAACUGCAGCGUCUACGAGUACACCUGUCAGACGGAACGAUCCUGCAUACCCCUGGACUUUAUGUGCGAUGGCAAGCGGGACUGUCGCGAUGGCUCCGAUGAGCUAGAUGGCUGCAAACAAGCCCAGACCAAAUGCACAGGAUUCUUUUGUAGCAAUAACAAGUGCCUGGAGCGCAAGCAAUGGGUGUGUGACGGCGUUGAUGACUGUGGUGAUGGCAGCGAUGAGCAUGGCUGCGUGGAACUCUGCAAGCCGGAGCUCGGAAAGUUCAUGUGUCGCAAUCAGGCGGCCUGUUUGAGCCUAGAUCUCGUUUGCAAUGGCAAGGCCGAUUGUACGGACAGUAGCGAUGAGUCAGAAAGCUGUCAUGCCAAGCCAGACUGUAGUAGCAAGCAGUGUCCGGCCGGAGCCAAGUGCCAGAUGAUGCCCACCAGCGGAGCUGAGUGCUAUUGCCCACCAGGUUUUCGCCAGGCGCGCUUUCAAAAUGUAUGCGAGGAUGUGAACGAGUGUCAAGAGCGCGAAGAUGUUUGUAGCCAGAGUUGCGAGAACACCUCCGGUGGUUAUCGAUGUACCUGCGCCUCUGGCUACCAGCUGGACGCAAACAACCGCACCUGUCGCGGUCAGGGUGAGGAGGAACCUCUGUUGCUCUACACCACCCAGAUGGCGGUUAUGGGCGUUCAUUUACGCCAACAGCGCGUUUUCACAGUGGCCAGCAAUUUGACGAAAGUGAUUGGAGUGGCCUAUGAUGGGGGCUACAUAUAUUGGACCAACAUACAGAACGAAGCUGAGAGCAUUGUGCGAGCCAAGCCCGAUGGCAGCAUGGCCGAAAUAUUGCUAACGUCUGGCCUGGAUGCACCCGAGGACCUUGCCGUUGACUGGCUAACCGACAAUAUCUACUUCUCGGACAACAUUAUGCGGCACAUUGCUGUCUGCUCCAACGAUGGCAUGACCUGUGUGGUUCUCGUUACCAAAGAUGUACAUCAGCCGAGAGGCAUUGCGCUUUGGCCACAACGUGGACAGAUGUUCUGGACAGACUGGGGGAGCAAGCCAAUGAUAGCACGUGCCUCUAUGGAUGGCAUGCACUCGCUACCAAUUGUCACGGAGAAUAUCCAUUGGCCCAAUGGCAUUGCGCUUGAUAUGCAUCAGGAGCGAAUUUACUGGGUGGAUGCCAAGCUGGGCACUGUUGAGAGCGUACGAUCGGACGGCACAGGACGCCAUACAGUGCUCGAUGGCAUGCUGAAACAUCCCUAUGGCCUGGCCCUGUUCGAGGAUGACCUGUACUGGUCGGAUUGGGGCACGAAGAGCGUCCAUGUGUGCGACAAGUUUACGGGAAAGCGACAUCGUGUUAUUACACGCGAUCGGACCAUCUAUGCGGUGCACGUAUAUCAUCCAGCCAAGCAGCCUAGGCUCUCCCACGCCUGUCUCUCUUCGCGCUGUUCGCACCUCUGUCUACUUGCGGAAAGUAAUAGCUUUACCUGUGCCUGUCCCGACGGCAUGCGUCUAUCCGAGGAUCAGCGACGCUGUGUUAAGUCCGCAAAGCGCCAACGCCUUUUUGUGGGUUUGCGCAAUGUACUCCUAGAGAUCGAGCACACGGCCUUCGGCCGACAUGUGGUCAGUGCCCACCACACGUUGCCGUAUGUGGUCAACGAAUUGGCCUACAACAGCGUCAAUGGUAGCGUAUUCAUUGCGGACAAUGUGCAACGUACCUUGGUUGAGUUCGAUCCGGUACAGCACACGCUCUCAGUCCUGACGACUGGAAAUAUUGGUAAUGUGACAGCUCUAGCUUUUGAUGAGCUGGCGCACAAUCUCUAUUGGAGCGAUGCGGAGCGACAUGUGAUUGAGGUGAUGUCUCUGCGUACACAUCAGCGCGCCAUUGUACGCUUCUUUGCUGGUCUGGAGGCACCCAUUGGACUGUCGGUUAUGCCGGCGGAUGGUUUCAUGUACGUAGCCUUGCGAGCUCGUCGCCAUGUGCACAUUGAUCAGUUAGCCUUGAGCGGUCAUGGACCUCAGACGCAUGUCUUCGAUGAUGAAAUUGGGGAUGACGAUAUUAAGAUGACCUCGGAUCACACUAGUCACACGCUUUUUUGGUCCGACAGCGAUACGGGACGCAUCUCGUUCACGGACUAUCGCAGCGCGCAUGCGUAUCCCUUCCGCGGCAAGCUGCGACGUCCGUAUGCGAUAGCGUUGGUCGACCAAGAUCUGUUCUGGACGGAGUUGGGGUCGCAGGCGGUCUAUUGGACUCAUAAGAGCAAUAUGGGACCCAAAAAACGCAUUGAUAUCGAGGCAACGAAGGAUGCCUUUGCUCAUGCACUGCCCACGCGCAUUCCUCUGGCGGCAAGCAUGCCUGUGAGUAGGGAGGAUCAUCCAUGCCAGCAUAACAAUGGCGGUUGCUCGCAUGUCUGCGUCAGUGAUGUCCGCUUCAUGAGCGCCUGUCUAUGUCCCGCCGGAUUCGUUUAUCGUGAUGCUAUGAAUCGCAGCUGUAUUGAAGCAUUGGACUGCGAAUUCCGCUGUCGUUCUGGCGAGUGCCUUACACUCUCACAUCGCUGCAAUGGACGCAAAGACUGCCCGGACAACUCGGAUGAAAGUGGCUGCGAGGCAAUUGGGGAUCGGCGACGCCCGAAGGUCAUUUGUGCCAUAAGCGAGUUCAGCUGUCACGAUAGUUUGCAGUGCUUGAAGAUGGAUAAACGCUGUGACGGUCAUGUGGAUUGCCAUGACAAGUCCGAUGAGCUACAUUGUGCAAACUUUGACAAGACAAAACGAUGCCACAAUCAUCAACAUGCCUGUGACAAUGGCAAGUGUGUAGACUACAGCGUCAUGUGCGAUGGCCGUAACGACUGUGGCGACAACUCUGAUGAGUCCCACUGCAAGCGUCCAAUUGGCCCCGGCACCGAUGCGCGUCCACCCUGCGGCGCAGGAUUCUUCCAGUGCACCAGUGGGUCAUGUAUAGCCAGCAGCUGGGAGUGCGAUGGCAAGAUCGAUUGCAGUGAUGCCUCCGACGAGCAUGACAAGUGCGGCACUCGCGAGUGCCCGGCCCACAUGCAUCGCUGCCUGUUGGGUCAAUGCCUGGACGCCCGUCUUGUUUGCGAUGGCCACAACGAUUGCGGUGAUCAGUCCGAUGAGCUUAAUUGCGACUUAGCAACUGGUCGACGCAAGCCCACGGUUGGCUCUUCGAGCAUCAGCUGCGGCAAUGAGACCACACCCAUGUUCCAGUGCAGCAGUAAUUUGCAGUUGUGUCUGGACCCCGCUGUCAAAUGUAAUGGCACCGCCGAAUGUCCCCGCGGGGAGGAUGAACAUGACUGUGGCGAGGUAUGCAGCAUCUACGAGUUUCAAUGUCUGGACAGCAAGCAGUGCAUUCGCAUGGACUUCCGUUGUGAUAAGGAGCGAGACUGCGUUGAUGGUUCCGAUGAGCUAGACUGUGCCAGUUUCCGCAACGCCACUGCGACUGGUAAUAGCAGCAUGCCCUGGACCAGCACCGAACGGGCUUGCAAGCCACAUAUGUUUGACUGCAAGGAUGGCGAGUGCGUGGAAAUGUCUCGGGUGUGCAACAGCUUUGCGGACUGUGCGUCCGGCAUUGAUGAAGGUCCCCAAUGUGCGAGUGCCUGCCGUGCGACCACUGGCCGGGCAGUGUGCGAGCACAAGUGUCGCGCCACGCCCACCGGUGCCGUCUGCUCCUGCUUCGAAGGAUAUCGGCUGGACAGCGAUUUACGCUCAUGCAUAGAUGUGGACGAAUGUGCGGAGCAAGAACCAUGCGCUCAGCUCUGUGAAAACACGUUGGGCAGCUACAGCUGUCAGUGCUACCCGGACUUUAUGCUGCGACAGGAUCGUGUCAGCUGCAAAAGCAUCGAGAGCUCGGCCACAUUGCUCUUCACGAGCUACAACGAGGUACGCAACAUGAGCGAGCAACCAAUGUCGCUGAGCGUUGCCUGGUCGGCCAAUGACACUCGCAUCAAUGGCUUCGACAUAAACAUGCGCCAGCAGCUGGCCUACUUUAGUAGCGAAGAUGAGGAUGUGAUCUAUCAACUAGACUUGCGCACAGGUCGUGUGCUGGCUGGCCUAUCGGUAGUAUCACCCACAAAGAUGGCCCUCGACUGGGUAGCCAAUAAUUUGUAUGUCAUAUCUCGUACCUCGCCCCACCAAAUUCGCGCCUGUUCCUUUACGGCCAAAAUGUGCGGUCGGAUCUUGGAUGCCCCGGCGCGUUUUAAUAUCAAAACCCUGACCAUAGACGCCUACCAUCGACGGCUCUUCUAUGUGACGGUGCGUGCGGAGUCCUUUGGACAUCCACAGUCACAGAUUUCGAUGGCCCGCUUGGAUGGUAGUAAGCGGGAAGCAAUCGCGCACAAGUCUAGCUCCUAUGUGACGGCCCUCGCCUUGGAUCCGCACAAACAGAUGCUCUACUAUGUCGACCUACACACGCGAACACUUGAAUCCAUAAGCUAUCGGACCCGUGGUGGUCCUAGCCGGAAACCACGUAUAUUGCUCCAGAAAGGCAACGCCGUCUUGCAUCCCUCAGGUCUGAGCGUGUACGAGAACUAUGCCUACAUCGUUAACAUUGGCUCCAAGGAGGCUGUGCGCUGCCAGCUCUAUGCUAGCCGCGCUUGCAAGGCUUUCAACCUGAACAUUCUCAAUGCCGAGGACAUUCUAGUGGCGGGUCAGUCCCGUCAGCCGAUGCCGGAAUCGAAUCCCUGUCAACAUGCUCACUGUAAGGGCAUGUGUGUGCAGGCGUCCUUCGGAUACGAGUGCAUGUGCGGUGAUGCGGUGAUCGCCGAGGGCUCCCAUUGCGCCCACACUAAUCGCAACGAGAUAACCAAGGGUGCACUGUUAGCUAAGAUGGACGGAGGCGAGGUGGAGCAUAAGACCAGCAGCCACAUAUGGCUGAUAACCGUCGUUGGACUGUUCCUUAUAUUGGGCGCCUUGGGCGGGUACAUGUACUAUCGCCAGCAGCGCGGCCAUCGCGAUCUCAAUAUUAACCUGCAUUUCCAGAAUCCGCUGGCGACGUUGGGCAGCAAAUCAAUGGCCAGCGACACGAGCACGGCCACCAGCAGCACGAGCAACAACAGCCAUGCCACCACAGCCGCCUCCUUUACUGCCGAGCGCGAAACGAUGCAAUUCGGUAUGGCGUCGAUUCAGAGAUUUUGGCGCGGUCGCCCGUCCGCACCCCACGAGAUGGGCUCGGAGAUUCUGCUCGAAACCGCAAGAGCAGAUGAAAUACACGCGCUGGGGAAGUCACGGACCGGAAGCGUCCCAAAUGUCAUGGUGGCAGGCGAUGGCAAUGAUCCCGCCGACUCCGGGCUGUACGGCGGAGGUUACGCAGGCGAUGAUGCGCAUGCACGACUUGUGCCCUGAAUGAGCUCAAUAUUUUGGACUCAGUAUUUUCGUUUCGUUUUUCAUUUUGUUAUUCAAUAUUUAGAUCUAUUUAUUUCAUGUGUAAGAACAUGUGGGGCAAACGAACCAUUCCGUGUAUGUAUGUAUGUAUCUAUGUAUGUAUGUGUGAAGAGCAGAGGAUUAAUAUUAAAUCAGUACAUGUGUACUAUGCUUAUAGCUUUGUUAACACUAAUAUUGUUUAGCGCCGUUGCGCCAUUUAAAAAUCAUCCUUUUCCGUUAAUACUUUCAUUUCCAAUCCAAAAUUGUAUCACCAGAAGCUUCAAUUAUUAUCAAAAUAUAAACUAUUUUUUAAAAAGCAAA